AUUCACAUGAUGCAAACCGGACAAUUCCUGUUGUUUCUCAUCCUUCCUGUCGUCUCAGAGACCUGCUGUGUAGGAACCUACCAGAUGAAAGUACCAGUGGCUGCAGCAGGACAUCUUCACUACAGAGCCGUGGAGGGAGAGAACUUUAUGAUGCCCUGCAUCCAGUCAACACAGAACAACCUGUGGUUCAGGACUGGAGGACACGGACCAGUUGAGGAUAAUACAUCCUUUGGCUGUGGAGAGGUCUUCACUGCUGAUGUUAAACACUCAGGACAGUACGUGUGUGUAAAGAGUGGCAGCAAGUUGUUCUUACACCUCCAGGUGGUGGAGAGAAGCAGUUUGCGAUGUUUCCAGCCUGAAGAGGGCAGUGUGGAGCUCCUGAACAACGUCGGAGGAUCCAUCCUCUGUCCCGGACACAACUGCAGUGACAACAGAGAUGUUACAUGGUACAAGGGAAACGUAUCGGUGUCAGAGCUGAGAAGGGACUUCUGCGUGAAGGACGGUCAGUUACUUCUCUGUGAAGUCAAAGGCAAAUAUGACAACGGAUUGUAUUUCUGUGACCGACGAGUCGAGGAAGAAGGAAUCACGUGGACGUUCAGGAGGGCAGUGAAAGUCACUGUCGUAGCUCACAUAACAGCCAGUCAUCCUCCCAGGAUGGUGUAUCCUUUCGCCAACAUGACAGAAAAAGUAGAAAUGGGUCAACCUCACAAUCUGACCUGUGAGGUGUUUUUCCCUUAUGAGAAGAACCUCAAAGCCAACGUGCAGUGGUUUGUGAAUUAUGGUGGCAAUAAGGAGCUGAUGACUUCACUGGAGAUGAGCGGCUCACAGCUCAGGUCAGAUAUACUGGAGGAAUACCGGAUCAUACAGAGAGGCAUCAUUCAGGAAGUGACUCCUCAACACUUGAACCACACGUAUACCUGCUUUGCCAACAACACAGCUGGAAAUGUCAGUGUCACCGUCGGGCUUGAAGAGAAGGUCAAAUGGCCGUCACUGGUGGUGUAUCCUGUCUCAUCUGUGCUGCUGGUCGUAGUGGUGGGAGUUAUUGUGUAUUUGAUGAGACUGGAGCUUCAGAUUAUCUACAGAUCCCACUUUCACUGUGGAAGACAUGAUGAAGAUGAGAAGAUGUUCGACGUGUUUCUCUCAUAUGUGUGGAGUCCAGAGAAAGAAGCAGCUAAUUUCUACAUAAAUACGGAGGAGGAGGAGGAGGAGGAGGAGAAUACGGAGGAGGAGGAGGAGGAGGAUGAAGUCAGCCAACGGUCACUGUCACUGCUGCUCCAUCAGGUGUUGGAAGGAGAGUGGGGGUAUCGCCUCUGCCUCCCAGAGAGGGACAUCAUUCCAGGAGGAGCGUACACAAAGGAUAUCGUUCUCGCACUACAGAAAAGCCAGAUGUUGAUUUGUCUGUUGUCAGCUCACUACUUCUGCAGCAGCAAUGCUGUGUUCGUCCUGGAAUCGGGAAUCCAGGCCUUGCUAAAAAACUCUGGCCUCAAACUGCUGCUAAUAAGAACCCGGAGAGAUUCAGCCUCAAUGUUCCAGGAGGCCCAGCUCCCUUCACUGGUCCAAAGGUCCUUGAAGGUGCUACCAAGUCUUAUGUGGACAGGGGAUCAACCUGACAGAGUGUCCUGCAACUUCUGGAGGUCUUUAAGAAAAAACAUGCCUAAAUACCAGGUCAAGAUGAAAUAAUUGUUGUCAUUUAUUACCUAACAAUACAAAACACUUUUACUAGUCUAAGGUUUUUAAGCCAACAAAUCAUCAUUAAGCACUGAUGAUGAGUAAAACUUUGAAUCAAAACCCAUGACCUUUUUUGGAUUUUUUAAGAGUUUAUUUCACCAUCGCCUCAAAGAUUGGGGAAAUUAUUUUGAAGUUUCUGCACCAUGAAGUGUUCAAUUUACUUUUUGAGGUCAAAAAGAUUUUCAAACACAGGAGAGGUGAUACAACUGUAAAAAGAGACUUCAGUUAAUAUCAGAGGAGUCAUUUUGACCAUAUGAAUGAAAAUCAUUAAAAAAAAAAAAUUUGGGGAAAACUGCAGAGACGAAGCUGUUGCAAUGAGGUGACAGCAAAAAAUUUUAAUUAACAUAGUUUC